AUUGCCCACACAGGACAAUGGAAAAGAAUGAAGCAGGRAAMGGCAGCAAAACUCUCAUCAUUCGUCACCUACCAGCUGAGCUCAGCCAGGAGGAGAAGGAGGACCUCCUGAAGUAUUUUGGAGCUGAAUCAGUCAGAGUCUUCUCGAACUGGGGUCGUUUUAAACAUGCAGCUCUCGCAACAUUCAGAAGUGAGAAGAUGGCAGCAAAGGCUCUCAGCAGGCUCCAUCAGUUGGAGAUUCUKAAUCAGACUCUUGUUGUGGAGUUUGCAAAAGGCCAAGAUGAUGUCAUAGUUUUAAAAGACCCACCAGUUUCAGACGGUCAUGUCAAAGAAGAGCGGAAGCUACAGGAGAGGAAACAGCUGAAUAUCCCACUCAUAGAGACUGGUGUGGCACCAGGCCAAGGGUUGAAGUUUCAGUCAAACCCCACGCUGAAAUAUUUGUACCCUUCACCCUCCAACAGCAUCCUGACAAACAUAAGCCACGCCCUCCUGAGUGUGCCCAAGUUUUAUGUUCAGGUGCUUCAUCUGAUGAACAAGAUGAACCUGCCCUGUCCGUUUGGACCCGUCACAGCCAGACCUCCCCUGGAUUGCUCGYCUGAUGGGUCUGGUCAACCAAACAUGCAAGAGACCCCUGAGACAAAAAACAGCUUCAAAAAGAAAGAAGCCRAAGAUCAAAGAUCUGCUUUAUGCUCCCAGAGCAGAGUCUCAGAGCGCUCCCGUCCUGCAGCCCGCCGACGUGUUCGAGCAGCCCCACCCUGCCGGCCCCAGAAAAAUCCAAUUCCACAUCUCAGCUCCAGAGGUGGCAGCUGCUGAGGAAGACCACRGGCCUGGUGAUGAAGACAGAGUGGGGGGGCGUGCGGCGGCGGCGGCGGCGGCCCCCAGCAGCAGUCAGGAGGUGACAGAAGGCUUCGGGAAGCUCUACCCCAGCUCCCAGACGUCGCAGCAGCAGGAGGAGCAGAGCGACGACGAGCGGGACCUGGUGUCAGACGUGGUCUCCAGGAAGGAGCUGGACAAAGGGCGUCUGUCUAAAGACGAGAUAAAAAGGAUGUCUGUGUUUAAGAACUACGAAGCGGGCGAGCCGACCUGCAGGCUGUAUGUGAAGAACAUCGCCAAGCAGGUGGAGGAGAAGGAUCUGAGGUACAUCUAUGGCAGAUACAUUGACCCUUCAUCAGAAGCUGAGAGGAACAUCAAUUCGCUCGAUCUGCCAGACCCAAACAAGAUAACACGGAUUCUAAGAAAGGUCCAAAGCAGCGGUGAGCCAACAGAUACCAAGGCUUGAUAUUGUGGCCCUGCAGAACCAUUUGUAUCCUUAUUCUGACAUAUCCUUUUUGGAGAAACAAACAAAAAGGCAGUUUAAUUAUAGUUACUGUUAGUCUGCAUCAUGCUAUAUUUAUGUACUUUUUUAUGCUACUUUUUCAGUCUGAUUUCUUUCUUGUUUGACUGAAUAGGUGGUGAUCAUCAGAGGCUGUCUUCUUCCAUUGUCACAGUGCUGAAUAAAAUCUUUUAAUAAAGUGUC